AUGUUCAGGCACAAACAUGGUCAGGUCCACAACCUGGCAAUGGGAGGCCCCAGAGCCAUCCUGCCGUGCCUCUUUGGGGCUGUCCUCUGUCUCACAGGUAUUCAGACUUUUGAGUCCAGUGGGUCCCAAGCCCUGCAAUGCUACAGCUUUCAACACAUCUACUUCGGGCCCUGUGACCUCAGUGGCAUGAAAUUCCUCAAUGUCUCCUGUCUCCUCGGAUGCUCCGAGGCUGUCUUAUCCCUGAACACUGGGUACCGCGCCUCAAUGACCAUGGUACAGAAGGGCUGCUGGACAGGCCCGGCUACGGGCCAGAUGCAGUGGAAUGACAAGGCGCUGCCGCCUAACUACUCGGUGGUGCGCGGCUGCGGGACCGUUUGCAACGCGAACUUGCAAACCCACGACUCCCUCGCCAACCUGAGCCGACCGCCCAACCCGCCGACGCUCAGCGGCGCCAAGUGCUACUCCUGAGUGGGGAUCCACCCGGAGGACUGCACCCCGGAGAAGUUCCGGCGGGUCCAGUGUCACCAGGACCAAAGCAUCUGCUUCCAGGGCAAUGGCAGCAUGACCUUUGGCAAUUUCUCAGUCCCUGUGUACAUCAGAACCUGCCACCGGCCCUCCUGCACCACCCGGGGCACCACCAGCCCGUGGACAAACAUCGACCUUCAGGGCUCCUGCUGUGAGGGGCACCUCUGCCUUCAGCAGUGCCGGGCACCGUCCCUCCUGGGGCGCCGCCCCACCGUCAUAGUCCUUCACCUCAUGGCUACCCUGCUGGCUAGCACUCUGGGAGGACCCCUCGGGCUCUCCUCAUAGCCCCUCCAGCCCCUUCCUGAGCAGGAUGCUGGGGGCAGGGCACACGCGCCCCCUUCUCACUGCUUCAGUUCCUGGAAUGUGGAAAAUAAGAGCUGCACUCCUGUCUCUCCUCUCUCUCUCUCUCUCUCUCUGUCUCUCCCUCCCUCCCUCCUGCUUCCCUGCUGACGCCCAGCCCUUACCUGGUCAGCGGGCCUGGGAGAAAUUGGGCAAGGUCCCUAGCAUCCCAGGGUGGGGAGAAACAGCCACAUCCCACCCCGCAUGCAGAGCAAACCUGAUCAUAGAUCCUGCUUGCUGAGCACCAACCAGGCCCAGGCUCCCCACAACCCCAUUUCCUGGUUGUGGGUUUCCUGGUCCUAGGCUCUCCCUCCAGAGCCUGGAGCCAGGCUGCAUGGGUUCGAAUUCCAGCUUCAG